UUGGUCUCUGCCUAUGGCGAUGUCCAUCAUCCACCGUGGGACUGGGGUCGCAAUGAGUCUAGGGGUGUCUCUCUUUGGCUUGAGUGCCCUCAUUCUUCCAGGCCAAUUUCCUGACUAUCUGGACUUUGUCAGGUCCCUUAACGUGCCAGCGGCUCUCAUCUACUCGGGGAAGUUUGCCCUGGCUUUCCCCUUGACCUACCACACCUGGAACGGGAUCCGGCACCUGGCUUGGGACAUGGGCAAAGGAUUCAAGAUCCCCCAGGUCUACCAGUCCGGCGUCUUGGUUCUGGUGCUGACGGUUUUGUCUUCCAUCGGGAUUGCGGCAAUGUGAAGUCUGGAAAGGCGGGGGGGGCAGGGGGGUCCAUCCCUUAGCCCCCCCCACCCUCUGAAGUCUUCUGCUCCUCGACAUCAUGAACAUUUUUUGAUUAAUUGAGGUCUCAUGGGGGAGACAGCAUGGGGUGGAGGGCAGGGCGAGCCCUUCCCCAGGUUGGGUGCACAGCUGUAAACUGAAACGAAGCUGUUCUUCGCAGGAUGAUUGUAGACCCUCCCUCUGCCAUGCCCUGUAGGUUGAGGGCACCUUCCCCGAGAUGGAAUACACCAGACGCCCGAUUGGCUAGGGAUGCCCAGGUAGUGAUUGGCUCAGACGCCACCGUACCCAGAAUGCAUUGUGAGUCACUGCUCAUCUCUGGCUCCCCUCUUUUCCAGCCACCCUCCUGAAGCUGGAGACAAUACAAGGCUUUGUACCCGGUUGGGGGAGGAGGGCGCACUGGCAGCGCAGCGGGUGAGCGAGCGUGUGGGUAUAUUUCUAAAAGGACAACUGUCCCCAUUGAUGGCUGGCAGCGAACGCAAGCAAGGCCACCUCCAGCGACCGUCCAGUGCCUCCGAGCAGCGGCGGUCAGGCUUCGGGCCUGUCGCUCGUUGGCUCUGCCACCUCUCGUUGCCAUGACAACGUGCUGACAUGUCGCAUUGCUUUCUUGGUAGGUGUGGGUCACUGGCCAGCCCUAUGAAACACCAGCAUGCAGGGCAAAGGGAAGGAAGCGAUGUACUUUUGGGGUAGGGGAUUGGGGCACGGUCUCUGUUGGCCCUAAAUUUGGGGGGGUGGGGGAACAGGACGGCCCAGCCAGGCCUGCUUCAGAUCUUUUUGCGCUUCCUCAGUUUUCGUCUGACCAGAGCCGUCCCCGUAGACAGUCCUGGCCAAGCAAGACGGCUCUCUCUGACAAAUGUGCCUCCGUUAACCGUCCGCUGUCAAAACGCUAAAACCCUUCCUCUCUCCUCGAACCCCACAACCUCCCUCCGGGGCUGCCAGGGCCGUAGUUUCGGGGAUGGGCUAUUUUGCAAAGCGGAUGCCCUUUCUAGUAAUAAACUGGCCUCAGGCGUUCACGGGGCAUGGCAGAGCUGCUGGUCUGGUCUUUUGUAUGCUUCCAAAUAAAAACAGUUACAAA